AUGGACGCAUCCGACGCAGCGUACCUCCUAGGUCGUGAUCCUGAAGAAUCCAAACGCCUCAACGCACAACAUGCCUUCCUCGUGGACGUCAUCGGCGGCACCCCCAUCCACCCCUCCAUCCCAACGGCAAACAUCCGCUCCAUAGCAGACGCAGCCACAGGAACAGGGAUCUGGCUCAUCGACGCCGCACAAACCCUCCACAACCGUCACCCGCGCCAUAAACUCGCCCUCCACGGCUUCGACAUCUCGCCCGUCCAGUUCCCCUUCAGCUCGUUCAAAGCCCCGCGGCAUGAGAUCCGGCUGACCGUGCACGAUAUCCUGCAGCCGUUUCCGAAGGAGCAUUGGGGGCGGUAUGACCUGGUGCACGUGCGGCUCCUCGUGGGCGCCAUGAAGGAGGUGGAUUAUCCGCGGGCGGUACGGAAUCUGUAUGAUCUUCUGAAACCCGGCGGCUACCUCCAAUGGGACGACUGCGACACAACCGCCUUCUGCACGGACAACCCCUCCCCCAUCGACAUGGAAAUGCGGCAGAUCAUCGUCGAUGCCGUCGAGAAGCUCGGUCUCUGUGCCUCCGCGCCGCAAUACCUCCAUCACCUCGUCGCGCAGACGGGCUUCGUGGACGCCCGGCUGUACGCCAACAGCACGGCGGACAAGCCGCAUCUGCGCGCGCCCGCGCGGUCAUGGCUGAUGCAGGUGCUUCGGGCGCUGAUGCCGCACGCGAUGGUCAAGUCUGGCGAGGUGGUGGAUGAGAAGAGCGCCAUCGAGCGCGCAGAGCGGCUGGUCGAGGAGUUUGGGCGGCAUUGUACGUCGUCGUUGCCCUUGGUGAAUCUCUACCAGAUUCGCUUGGCGACCAUCUCGUACCGUUGCACAUGGUCCAUCGACGCCUCGCCCUCUUUCGCAGCCUUCUCCUUGUCCCUCUCCUCCCGCGCCUUCAACCGCCGCAGUGCCUCCGGGUCAUCCACGUAG